AAUCUGAGAUCGAUUUAGUGGUCUGCAAAACAGAUAACCGGAAGCCCCGGACUCUCCUUUUGCAGUGUCUGAAUCAGACAGAAACUUCAAUCUCCGACAUCAUCGAUCGCGUUCUGAGUGGAUGGGACCGAUAGAACACGCCGAGUUCUAUGUUGCCAAAAGUUUCAGUGUUGGAAUGAUUUUAUCAAACUCUAGAUAACCCCCUGAGAUUAAAAAUGACAGAUUACGUCGAGGAGCAAAGGAAUGAACUUGAAGCCAUAGAAUCGAUCUAUCCCGACUCCUUUACAGUGCUGUCAGAAGAACCCACCAGUUUCACUAUUACCGUUACGUCAGACGCAGGAGAAAACGGGGAAACUGUUGAGGCAACUUUAAAGUUUACAUAUGUAGCAGAAUACCCAGAUGAGCCCCCACUGUGGGAGAUCUACUCUCAAGAAAAUCUGGAAGAUGGCGACCUGGAGAACAUUCUCACCCUGUUGAAGCAGCAGGCUGAAGAAAACCUGGGUAUGGUGAUGAUUUUCACCCUGGUAACAGCUGUUCAGGAGAAACUUAAUGAAAUUGUGGAUGCAAUGAAAAACAGACAAGAAGAGGAAAAACUCCGGAAAGAAAAGGAGGCAGAGGAAGCAGAAAAGGUGAAGUUCCAGGGUACAGUGGUAACAAUUGAAAACUUCCUGGCAUGGAAAGCCAAGUUUGAGCUGGAGAUGGCUGAGUUCAGACGAAAAAAACAGAAAGAGGAGGAGCAGGCAGGAAAACCCAGACUCACUGGCAAACAGCUGUUUGAGAGAGAUCAUAACCUUGACACAUCAGACAUUCAGUUCCUAGAAGAGGCUGGAAACAACGUUGAAGUGGACGAGUCCCUGUUCCAGGACAUUGAGGACUUGGACUUGGAUGAAGACGAUCCAAACUUUGACCCAUUAGAUAUGGACAGCGAUGAAGACUAAAGCUGGACAAAACAACAGACAGUUGAAAACCCCUAGCAGACCACUGCUUCACUCAUAGUUCCACCCAAUUAUGGCAUUUUUGAAGACUCUUGGAGAAAAUAGGAAAAAUCUCAGUUUACUACAACAGAAGACAUUAAAAAAAAACGAAUUGAAAUUUCCAAAAUAAAUCUUGCUCUUCAUUAAAUACUGACCUUCGAAAAACUAUGGUGAAUAAUAUUUCAAUUUCUAAACUCCAAGAGGAGAAGAGCUACAACCUCAUACAAACAUUUAAUGAUUUAAUAUCCAUAACUCCUAGAAAACAGGAAGAUUUUAUUUUUGUCCUGAUUCAGAAAAAUUUGGAGAUGGACACGUUACUAGAUUUGACACCACAGAGAAAACCAAGUUCUCUGAACAGAACUGUUCAAACUUAUUUAACAUCAUUAAACUGUUGAGUUUGUAGAAAACUGUAGAGUGAAUCCAGUGGAAUUACAGAUCAAUUGCAACAUUACAUUCUGAAUAAAUACAUCAACUAUGGCUCAUCUUAAA